CUAUUUUAAAGAAUGAAAGCUGAGAUUCUCAUGACUUCAGGAACUGGAAUGUUAAAAACUUGAAGUAUACUGGAGUUGGCAAAACUGCAAGUUGAUCCUCAGGGGAUUAAUCAUUGCUGGAUACUUCCUACCAUGUGCUUGCUUUAUGUGAUUAGAAGUCCAAAGGUUGAGAGAUAGCGAGCGCUGUUGGGCAAAAUGUCUCUUUUGAGUACUGGACAAAUGAAGAGAAAAUGGGAAGAAAGAUUGAAGAAAGUUGAUGAACUAGCAUCUCAAUAUAAAAGAAAGCCACUUUGCCCUAUUUACAGGCCACACUUGUCUAAACCAUGGCAACCGCGCUCUGUUUGGAAUUUGUUUCAUCGACAAGCUCAGGCUUUUAACUAUGCAAAAACCUGUAAGGAGGAUGUUCAUGUGUUUGCUUUGGAAAUGAACAAAGAAGAUGGACAAAGGUACUAUCUUGUGACAACAUAUACAGAGCUUUGGUUUUAUUACAACAAAGAACGUAAAACAAGUCUUAUGCACUGCUAUGAAGUUAUUCCUGAAAAAGCAGUUUGCAAACUGUAUUUUGAUUUGGAGUUCUAUAAACUAGUUAAUCCAGGAGCUGAUGGGAAGAGGAUGAUUGCAAAGUUAAUUGAGCUUGUUAGUAAAAAGCUGGAAGAACUUUAUGGAGUUAAAUGUUCAGCUGAAGAUGUCUUGAACUUAGAUUCCAGUACUGAUGAAAAAUUUAGCCAUCACUUAAUAUUUCUGCUUCAGAAGACAGCAUUUAAGGAUAAUAUUCAUGUUGGUAAUUUUGUGAAAAGAAUUUUGCAACCUGCUCUUACUUUAACUGAAAAUAAAGCUGAUGCUCUUAUUCUUGAAGAAGGGAUGGACGGUGUUUCCCACUCUUCCAAAGCGACAACUGAAUUAGAUGGUUCUGUUAUAAACAUUGGUGCAGUGAAGCAGACUUCUGGGAAAUGGCAAUCUAAUAAACACAAAAUGCUGGAAAAUGGAACACUGCAACAGAAAGAAAAUCCAGAUCUUUCCUUUUUAGUUGUAAAUGAUAAGGAAGGAGGCAAGCAACUUGUUGUCGAUCUGGGCGUUUAUACAAGGAAUAGAAAUUUCCGGCUGUAUAAAUCAUCAAAAGCAGGAAAGCAUGCAAUUUUGAAUAUAGCAGAAGAUAACAAAUUUAUUCCUAAACCCAAAAAGAACACUUCUAUUGAGGAGCAAUAUUUCCUUUCUUCCUUGGUCUGCAAUGUUAGGUUCUCAGAAAUUGAAAGAGCCCUAACCUGUGACAUCCCAGAAGGGAAGAAAAUCAUGUCUAAAAAUCCAGACAGAGUUACCAGUAUCACAUCAGAUACCAUAGGAGGAUAUCCAUAUUCACCUUAUCCAGAAAUUGAUUGUUUUGUCCUUUCCUUAGUUAAUAAAGAUGAUCAUCAUGGAGGGAUACGACGAUGGAAUUAUUUUUCCUUGGAAGAACUUCUUGUUUAUGACAUAUCCAGAUAUCGCUGGUGUAAAAAUAUUGGAAGAGCCCACAAAAGUAACAACAUAAUGAUUGUCGUAGAGCUAAAAAAAGAAGUUUACUAUCAAAAAUGUUAUGACCCGGUCUGCAGAGCCAAAAACUUCAAAUCAGAGAGUAUUCCAUUACCCCCUGAGAUAUGUCUCCCUUUUCUUUUCAAAGAGGAAGAAUAUAUACUUUUUAUGGAUGAGUGUGGAAAUAUAGAAGAAAAAGCAAAGUCACCUAAUCUUACAGAUUUCUCAGAAAGCACAGCGUCAAGGACAUGUCAAGAAAAUAAGGAGUCUCUUGACCAAUUCUGUUUAAAUAUAGACUGGGAUAAUGUGAUUGAUGAUGCCUCUUUUUUGGAAGCUACUGAAGACGCUGAACUUGCAGAAGCUGCAGGCAGUAUGACCAAGCAGAACUGUGACCUGGAAGAAAUACCUGAUGAGCUGCUUGUAGAGGUUUUAAGGAAACAGGAAGUGUAUGGUAAAGCACAAAAUAAAGUCAGCUGUUUAGAUUCAUUAAGACACAAUGGAGUUAAAUUUUAGCUUUAUAAAAUGUACUAUGUCUGAAGUUUACACUGCCAAAAGAAAGUGAUAGAACCAUACCAUCGGUCUCUCUUCACAUGAAAAUGCACAGUAAACUUGCCAUUGGUGGUGGUUUUGUAUAUUAGGUUUAUAUACUAAUGAAGUUUGGCUAAAUGGGACAAUGUCUUAUUUGUUUAAAUUAUAGCUUAGUAGAACCAUCAUUAAUUACCCUCAGCAAUAUAACAUAGCAUCAGUCUCCCUCUCUUUUUGCAGAGGCCAAAGAUUGAAAAUCUAUGAAAAACUGAACUAUCUUCUCUAUGGUGGCUCCUAGAAGAUCCAUGUAAUCAACUUACUCUAGUUGUGUUACCUGUAUUGUGCAUGUUCUAAAGCUAGAGACAGGUUCAAGGGUUAUCAGUCUUGUAUGUAUUAGGAGUACUAAAUUAAAAAAAAAAAAAACCUUCAUGGUCAACAAUUCAGGUAAAACUCAGAGGGCUGGAAGCAUAGUUAAAACAUAUUGCUUCUCAUAUGCCAAAAUGUUUAGGAUUUUGGCAGAGACUGUACUAUACUUUUAGUCAUUUUACAAGAGGCAGGCCUACGUAGAGGUAGCUAAAGUGUGGAUUUGGCUAUGUCUGUCUUUCACUAAUUCUGUAUGACUUGUUAAGCAGUUUUUUUAAAAGCCACACUACUUUUAGAAAUAUCCAUAUUAUGGCAUUGUGUCUCUUUGUAAAUUGCCUGUGACAAACCUAUCUUUAUGCUACUUCAGGGGUGGAUCCCACCUGUGGAGGCCCUGCUGCUCCCCCCCCCCCAGCCAAUUAGGGUCUGGGGGCGGGGGGAGCACAUGAAGCCUUCUCUGCUCUGCCCCCACCCUGCCAGGAGCAUGUGGCGCUUUCAAGCAGGAGGAAGAACUGAGGAGGCUUUGCAUGAUCUCCAGCCCCUAGGGUCAGGGGAGUGAGGGAAGUCUCCUCCGACAUCAGGGGCAUGGGCACCUUGGGGUGGGGGCAAAGG